CUCACGGCUCCUCCCUCGCUGCAGUUCCCGGCGGCCCCGGCCGGGCGCGCUGCCGGCAGCAUGGCGGGGGAGGCGGGCGGCGCCGCGCUGGGCCGCGCUGCCGACAAGCUCUUCUCGCUCAGCGGGCUCUUCGCCGUCCGCAAGCCCAAGGGACCCACCUCGGCCGCCGUGCUCAACCUGCUCAAGGAGAGGCUGCUGGCAGAAGCUGGUGUGCAAACAAAUGGGAAGAAAAGAAAUCAGGUUUUGAAAAUUGGACAUGGAGGAACUUUGGACAGUGCAGCCACGGGAGUUCUGGUGGUUGGUAUUGGAAAAGGAACAAAAAUGCUGGGAACUAUGUUGGCAGGUUCCAAGAAGUACACUGCCAUUGGAAUGCUGGGCAAGGCUACUGAUACAUUAGAUGCUACAGGAAAAGUAACUGAAGAAAAGCCUUAUGACCAGGUAACAAAAGGAGAUCUUGAAAAUGUUCUGCAAAAGUUCACAGGGGACAUCAUGCAAGUUCCCCCACUCUAUUCUGCUUUGAAGAAGGAUGGAGAAAGGCUUUCAACUCUGAUGAAGAGAGGGGAAGCUGUGGAAGCAAAGCCUGCUCGGCCAGUGAGAGUGUACAGCCUUUCUCUGCAGCAGUUCCAGCCACCACUGUUCACACUGGAUGUUGAAUGUGGUGGUGGCUUUUAUGUCAGGAGCCUGGUCAAUGACAUUGGCAAAGAGCUCUCCACCUGUGCCACGGUGCAGGAGCUGACCCGCACCAAGCAGGGGCCGUUCACGCUGGAGGAGCACGCCCUGCAGGAAGACAAGUGGACAAUUGAUGAAAUUGCUCAGUCCUUGGAGCACUGCACAGCCCUGCUCCUGGGAGAGCCAGCUCGGAAAAAAUUGAAGACAGAGCAUCCUGGUGAAACUGCUGUGAUCUGUGGGGAUAAGUGAUAAGUAGGGUCAAGGAAAAAGACUGAAUGAUUGAGUUGUUUUAAGAUUGGAUUGGGAUUGUCUCGCCUCCUGUGUAAAUCUGCAGGUCUCUACUGGGAAGGUGACAAACUGCAAAACAAGAGAAAUGGUUCUUUUGUUUCCUGGGGUUAGAAUGUGCACUGAAAAUACCCACUGCUAACUGUUUCUUGAUUGUUUAUUUUCUUCUUGCACACUGUGACUGAUGCCAAUUUUUUUAUAGAAUUUUAAAGAACUUUCAGGGUGCAAAAUGGCUGCUGUUGCAAAUUCAUCAAUAAAAAUACUAUAUACAAUAAUGUCUGAUAAGUGUGCUCCAAAAAAAAUGUUCUUUUUCCUUGCAGAUGGUAAUCAUAUCCUGAAAUACUAUGGUGAAAAGUCUGUCAUAGCUUAAAGCACCCAAGAAUGUGGUGUGGCAAUUUGCUUUCAUGAAAUCUGUUUCAGGAUAUAUCCAUUUUACCAUAUUUUUUCCUAUGCAGAUUGUUCUCCAGUCAAAUGUUCCUAGAAUGCAGUGUGUGAAGGUGCUAUUAUUUUAAGUUAAGUCUGAAAUCGUAGCCUAAGGGAAUAGUUUUAAGUUUAACAGUCCCUGAAGAUGAUUGGUUUGUGCCUGGAUCUCUUAAAAGGUGGUACAUGAAGUGUUGAUUCCAAACUUACUUUCAGUCUAAGAAAUUAAAUAAAUAUCCUGAAGUUUCUCAUUGCAAGAUACCUUUCCAGAUAUCUAUAGGACUUAUUUUUGUUUUCUAUACAAUAAAAAAAUGAAGUCUGUGCAAGAUUAAUGAAGGUUUUGUUUAGAAGGAGGACAGACUUUGUUUUAUUCAGUAAACAGUUUUCUUCCUUUGUAUAUUCUUAUAAAGAACUUAAAGGAAAUGUUGAAAAUAGCACAAGCAAAUUGAAAUGUUAGAGCACUACAGCAGUAGCAUAUUUGAAGUACAAUAUGGAUGAAGUAACAGAUACAAGAAAUUCUGAUAUCAGGGAUGGGAGAAAAGCUUGUGUCCACUGAGGUAACAGUGGGAGAUUUUUGUUUCUUUUUGGGGUUUUCUGGUACUUCGGGUAGAAACAGAGAAGAGAGAGAUUAUUUCCUAAAGAAGUCACAUAAGGCAGAAAAUUUCAUUUUCCAGUAUACUACUUUUGAGUGAUCAGAGACUUUAAUUGGAACACAGCUUCUCUUAUUGUCCGAAUCUUUAUUUUCCUAAUUUAUGUUAUCCCAGUGGUUUUCUAGAUUAAGUUCUCAUUUUAUUUAUCUUCCUGAUUUUUGAAAAAUAGUACAGUAGAUAUAAUUCUGUUAGUCUGCUUCUUUCAUCUUCAGGGAUUUGUUUCUUUAAAAAUCAGUGCAACUGAGAAAUCUCUCUAUUAAUAGGGUACAUUUGUAUACAGUGCUGUAAGUGUCUAACACAUUCUUAAUCUCAUCUGUUUGUUUAAUGCUCACCAAGCCUUUCUUGCUAUUCCAUUAAGAGCCCCUGAUAUUUUUAGUUUCAAAAGGAGAAUUAUAUUUUCAUCAGCUUUCUGGUUAGCUUGCAGCUGGUCUGUUGUAAUUAUUGCUAACAGAUCUGUGAUCCUGAGAAGACAGGAUCUGCCCCAUAGCCUAGUCACUGGAGAGGAAUGCAAUGGCAAUUAAAAAAAGCAUCUUGUGGACAUCAGCGAGUUCUGGUUUAGGCUGCAAGUCCUGAUGCAUAUGGAAAGCAUAGGGAGAGAUGGAAUGCAGUUGUUCAGGAAUCUGCACAGAAUCAUUCAGGUUGGAAAAGAACUUGAAGACCAUCAGGCCUGACCAUUACCCCAGCAGUGCCAAGUCUACCUUAGCCUUUUUUCUUGGAAUUCCUCUUCCUCAUCUUCCCCAGUGCAUCAGAAAUUAAGGCAGAAUUUCUUUCUCUCAGAUUAAUGACAAACUUCUCCCCACAUAACUUGUCUUGAACUACAGAAGGUAUUUCCUUUAGCAGCUGGGUAGCAGGUGUGUUUGGCUGGAGCUGUGAGUGGCUGGACAAACCCAUGGCAGGCAGCAGGAAAUGUUCCUGGAAAGCACAGUGUGAAGAGUGCAGUAAAGUCAUGGACACAUUAUGCAAUGAGCACUGAUGAGUGUUACCCACAAUUCAUUACUAAACACUUGAGCUAUCUGUUCAACCAUUCCAACUCCUCAGGCUACUUCCCAGUGUUUUUCCUGUGUGCUGGGCCUCCCUUGUAUGCUUUUUCCUAAGUUUCCCUGUGCUUUAAUGGUUCUCUUGUGCCCUGAACCUGUAGUUCCAGUGAAUAGUAACUGGGAAGCCACUGACAAGUUCAAGAAUAGCCUUUUUAGAUAUGUUUUAAUAAGUGUUUAUCCCAGUAUCUUAAAACUGUCCAGAUUUGGAGGUGUGUUCCCAUGGGAGCCUAGGGAAAUACUUGUUUUAACUUCCUUAUUCUUACUAACAUGCUCAUCCCAGAGCUGCCAGACUUCAGAAUUGGGCUAUAUCCACAGCAGAAAGUAUUCUUGUUAGAAGAAAACAUCCCAUGAUCCUGGAUCUUGGUUACUGAGUCAUGAUAUCUCAACAUUAAAGAGGAAAAAUAUAUAUACAAUAUUUCUGAGAUUACUAGAAGUUAAUACUAAGGUCCCAUCUGAAGCAAAUGGUAGAUAAUAGGAAUUUUAUGGUUCUCUGCCCAGAAAAUGUGUGUCUGUGAUAUGCCAUUUAAAAUAUACCCAUGACACAGAUUGAAAGAUUGUCUCAUUUUAAUGAGCGUUCAUGGGGAAAAUCCUGAUGCAAAAGCGUGUCCUGCUUUUUGAGCUGAGUAUUGCCAGUCUUCAGUGUGGUCUUGCUGUCUUCAGUCCAUGGAAUUGUGGAACCAUAGCCUGGCCCUGAGUGCUCUAGUGCUGCUGCUGCUUCCCUGAGUUUUACAAGAGCUUCAGAAUUUGCCUCCCUUUAAUGUCUCUGCCUAGCUGGCUGGCUUUCUUCCUUAUUUAAAUAGUAGUUUUCACUUCAUAAUAUAUUUCUGCUGCCAGCAGAGUAAAAACAUUGAAUAACUCCCCCAAUUUUGAGAUACUUUAUUUUUUUUUUAUUUUAAUAGAUGGUGAAUUUGCUACUCUGUGCAUUAAUGGCUCUCUGACUCUAAUGAGUAGGGUCAUGCUGUUUGCUUGGCAGAGUCAAGGAGUGAGUUUGCAGUGGUGUUAAUUUUAUUAAAAAGGCCUUACAGAAGCAAAGUGAGAGCAUGUGAGGGUGUGACUGCAAUAUACAGCCAGAGGGAAAUCACAGAGACAGUGAAUGGAUUCAGCCAGCCUGGGCAAAAUUAUUGUCUCUAUUAAAAGGCAGUCAUUGUUUCUAAUAGCCAUGGGUUUAAUUCUAUUCUUUGUGAGACCUGAUUAAAUAAAUCACCAAUAGUUAAAGGCAUGUGAGGCAAGCAAGUUUAUCAUGUGAAUGCUUUUGUCUGCUCUGGGUGAGGAGAUGCCACGUCUCUGUCUCUGCCAUCAGCUGCUAAGAUCAUAUAACUGUAAAGAGGCAAAGCAAGAAGUCGAUAAUUGGCAGUGGGUGGUUGCAGGGCUUAAGAAUAAAAGGAUUACAUUGCCAAAAAAACCCCCAUAUUUUGUAGUUCUCAUUUUGGGGAAGUGUUGGAGACAAUGCUGUGGUUCAGAGAAAGUCUUAGCAUGGCUUCCUGAGAAACACCUUACAUUUUUGUUAUUGGUCUGAAUGUCUGGGACUUUAAUCAUCAUCCCUCCUCACCUCUAUCAAAAAAUCAAAGCUGCAGUCUCUCCCCAGCUUCUCCAUGUCACCAUUGCUCCAUUGUGUUGUGGAUGCUGGAGCAGUUCUCUGCUCAAACUCCGGGCUCUGAAGGAGAUUGUGUGGCUUGCCCAGAAGUUAACAGGAACAGAAUGAGGAGGACAAAAAAUGAGGCAAUGGAAACUGAAAUAUAAACACAAAACAGCCUUCUUCUUACCAGACAUAUUAAUUUUAGGUUACAGCUCUGUGUCUGGCCUUUGCAUCCCAUUACCUUAUCUACUGUCUGAGACAGUCCAUCCUAAAACUUUUCUUAUCCUGUCUUCUGAAUUCCUUUCUGGGUACAUGAGAGCUGUGGGGCAGUGUGGAGCAAAGGAAUUUGUGUGAUUUCUGGGGGACAGGAAAGCUGGUAACAGAGCAGAACUGAAAAGGAUGAGGUGGGUCUGGUCCCUUUCUCACCGUCACCCUUUUCUAAGAAAGAUGGUUCUGAAUGCUUUAGUGCCAUUUCCCUGGGACGUGGGAUUAUUUUAGAUAUUUCAGAAUUAAGUACUUCAGAGUCAAAUCUGCAGCUGAGUGCAUGCAUUAGAAACAAAAUGCAUCAUUUCACAGAUGUCACACUACUUUUAGUGGCUUCAGAACAUGAUUUUACAGCUUAAAUGGAGGGGGGUAAAAAAGGAACGGCAAAAGGUAAAUGCAUAUUUCAGUUCCUAUGUUUUUAAAGUAGAUGAACUCAGUUUUGGUAAUUAUGUGAGAAAAGACAUCAAGUGUUAUAAUGGAGAAAAAGUAAAAAGAAGGAACACAAUUUUUACUGCCUUUUCUGUUUCUUUUAGCACAGAACAAUUAGCUUAAAUAUGCCAUUUCAAAGCUUAAGAAGCUUUUAUGUGGAAAUGCUUGAGAGAUUGUUACUGUAUGCUGAUGUGAAAAAAGGCAUUUAUUUUCAUUUCAGCAGUUGAAAAGAUAGUUUUCUGUGAUGCCCUUCAAAAGACAGUGUUUUGUUUUGCUUAUAUGAAAUUGCAGUAAAUCCUUGGCAUAACUUACUCUUGUGAGUGUUCACAGUAAAUCAUUUCCUGCAGCUGGCUGUCCUAGGGAUCACCAAACUGUUUCAAGUUCUGCAGGUACCUAAUAGGCAUUCCCAGUGGAAAUGGAACAUUGUGUACAAACACUGAAUGUAUUUAGAAAACAGGACUAAUUCUCAGUAAUCUUUGCUAUGCAGAUUGCUCUUUUGGUAAAAUAACAUCCAGGCUGUGCUAAACCUCGCUGCUGCUGUGCUGAGUUGCUUUGUGUAGUUUCUUACUUUAUACUCUUAAUUUCACAAAGGGCACUGGCAGACUCUUGAUUUCUUGUCCAGGUGAUUAAUUUCACCCAGCUGCUGCAUACCCAGAGACAUUCCUGGCUUUAACCUCUUCAUUCGCUACCUAGGAUUCCCAAGGACGGUGCAGCACUGGCAGAAAGAAGUGUGUGUUCACCUCCUCUGUCCCAGUCAUAAGCUGGUGUGUAACAUGUUGCUAGUUCAAAUAAAGCAGAAUAUUGAGAGAAAACCCUGUAUCUCAUUCUGUUGCCCUGUUAACCUCCAGCAAAAGAUGGAGAGAACAACAGGGAACAACAAUUUUACAGUAAUUCUACCUCCAAGUAAGAAUCAAUGGGAAACAGCAGCAAGGUCUGUACAGAGCUAACUUAAAGCAUGUGAUUAUUUCUUUUGACCUCAGUGAGAGGACUCCUGUCCUGUUUUAUUAAAUUAAGUAAGUUAUUACUCACUGAAUUAAGGCCUUGUGUGUUUCAUUUUCACCUAUCAUGUUUUGGUUUUUUUUUUUUUCUGUUGUAGUAAUGUGAACUGAUGGUUUGAAAAAUUGAAUUGCUUCUUACAGGAGAAAAAAAGACAAAAUAUAAAAUAAAUAUUAAUGGUGUGGCACAAUA